AUAUUUUGUCAUGAAAUUGAAGGUUCAAGCAAAGGAGUUCAUCCUCCAUGACAUUGAAGUAGCCAAUGCAAUUGUUGAUUUUGUCAAUGUCAGUUCCAUCACCACGCUUGUCAUCGGUGCUUCAAAUCAUAGUGUUUUUACAAGAGCUUUCAGAAAUGUGGAUGUGGCAACUACAGUGAGCAAAGCUUUGCCCGAGUUUUGUUCAGUGUAUACUAUUGCAAAAACAAAAGUUCAGAGUGUGCGUAUCGCCACUCAAUCUUUGAUCCCUAAUAGCACUGCGCCGCUUAAUUCAAGGACAUCAUCUCAAACGCCUCCCAAUUGGGAAGAUUCUAACGAACAUACCUUAACUUUACCGAAAUCAACAAGCGGAAGAAGAUCUCCGGUGAUUUAUACUUCAAGUUUUCAACAAAUGAACAAUUCCCCAAGUAUCCUCCAACGGGCUAACGUUGAAGAUAGUGUAUCUUCGCAUCAUCAUCAUCAUGGUCAUGCAUCGGACGUUAGUGUUGUCUCUGGGCCACGCAGUUACCAAUCAACUGAAAUGAUGUCCUCUCCUCAUCAUCUUAGCCACUCACGUACAUCAAAUGCUUCCAGAACUUCUUCAAUGGAAAUGACGACAGAAUUAGAAACUGAAAUGAGGAAACUGAAAUUCGAGAUGGGGCAUACGAUGGAAAUGUAUAAUUCAGCUUGCAGAGAAGCUAUUGUUGCUAAGAACAAGGCAAGAGAAAUAGAUCAAUGGAAGAUGGAGGAGGAACAUAAACUAGAGGUGGCUAAACGAUCACAGGAUUCUGCCAUUGCUUUUGCGGAGAUGGAAAAGCAAAAGAGCAAGGCUGCCUUUGAGGCAGUAAAGAUGGCCCAAAGACUCGCGGAAUUGGAGGUUCAGAAGAGGAAAACUGCAGAGAUGAAGGCCGAUCACGAGGCGAGAGAGAGGCAAAAGGCGGUAGAGGCACUUGCACGAGUAGAUGUUAUGUGCAGAAAGUACACCAUCGAAGAGAUUGAAGUUGGCACGAAUAAGUUCUCGAAUUCACUAAAGAUCGGCGAAGGAGGAUAUGGACCUGUUUUUAAAGGCGUUCUGGAUCAUACGGCAGUUUCCAUUAAGGUGUUGAGACCGGACAUGGCACAGGGUCGUAGAUAUUUUCAGAGAGAGGUUGAGGUGCUAAGCUAUCUGAGGCAUCCAAACAUGGUUCUUCUCAUCGGUGCGUGUCCAGAAUUCGGAUGCCUGGUUUACGAGCACAUGGAGAAUGGGAAUCUCGAAGACGUGAUUUUGAGAAAAAACAAGGCACCCCCGUUGCCGUGGAGAUCGCGGUUCAAAAUAUGCGCAGAAAUCUCAACGGCGCUGCUGUUCCUUCACCAGACGAAGCCAGAGCCGAUAGUCCACAGAAACCUGAAGCCGACAAACAUUCUGUUAGACAGGAACUGGGUGAGCAAGAUUAGCGACGUGGGCCUGUCUCGGCUAGUUCCGGCGGCAGUGGCGGAGAGCGUGACGAUGUAUCACGUGACAUCAGCAACGGGUGCGUUUUGUUAUAUAGAUCCCGAAUACCAACAGACGGGAAAGCUGGGCGUGAAGUCGGAUAUAUAUUCGCUGGGAGUGAUGUUGUUGCAGAUGAUUACGGGAAAGCCUCCAAUGGGAUUGGCCUUUAACGUGAGACUGGCGAUUGAGAAAGGGACGUUCAAGGAGAUGCUCGAUCAAAGUGUAAGCGAUUGGCCGGUUGAAGAGACAUUAUGUUUUGCUAAGUUGGCUUUAAAUUGCUGCGAGCUUAGUAGGAAGGACAGACCAGACCUUGCUUCUGUUAUCUUGCCCGAACUCAAAAGACUAAGCAACCUUCAAACUGAUCAGAGCUUAGUAGUAGUAGGUUUUUCAAAGCAAAGUGAUUUUAACAAGUCACAACAACAACAAGAAGAAGAGGAAGAUAGUAACAUGUCAAGGCCGCCAAAACUAAACCCUCCAAUGAUGUAGUCCAAGUUUGACUAGCA